GUGGAUGAAAAGCUCCAUCUGGGCAUUGUACCAAAAACAAGGGUGGUUUGGCUCGUCAGUGAGACAUUUAACUACAGUGCAAUUGACCGUGCAAAAUCUAGAGGCAAAAAGUAUGCUUUAGAGAAAGUGCCAAAAGUAGGUAGAAAAUUUCAUCGGAUAGGACUUCCUCCUAAGAUUGGUUCCUUUCAGUUAUUUGUUGAAGGUUACAAGGAGGCUGAAUAUUGGCUUAGGAAAUUUGAAGCUGACCUUGAGAAUAUUAGAAAACAAUUUCAGUCACAGUUUGAAAGAUUAGUUAUUUUGGAUUACCUCAUCAGAAAUACAGACAGGGGAAAUGAUAAUUGGUUAAUCAGAUAUGAAAACCAGAAACAAGAAGAUGAAAUUACGGAAACAAAAUGGACUGAUGAUAAAGAAACGCUUAUUAAAAUAGCUGCAAUUGAUAAUGGUCUAGCAUUUCCUUUUAAACAUCCUGAUGAGUGGAGAGCAUAUCCAUUUCACUGGGCUUGGCUUCCUCAAGCAAAAGUUCCUUUUUCUGAAGAAAUAAGAAAUUUAGUUCUGCCACAUAUUUCUGACAUGAACUUUGUGCAAGAUUUAUGUGAAGAUCUUUAUGAACUUUUUAAGACUGACAGAAGAUUUGACAAAGCCACUUUUGAAAGGCAGAUGUCUGUGAUGAGGGGUCAGAUCUUAAAUCUUACUCAGGCAUUGAGAGACAGGAGGAGUCCUGUCCAGCUAGUACAGAUGCCUUGUGUGAUUGUGGAGCGCAGUCAAGGUGGAGGUCAGGGUCGGAUCGUCCACCUCAGCAAUUCAUUCACCCAGACUGUCCACUGCAGGAAGCCUUUUUUUUCCUCCUGGUAGCAGAUGUGAGAGAAAGAAACUGUUUGGCAUUAUUGUGUUGUUACAACAUUACCGCCCUGUAAACCUGCUGGUAAGAGUUCCAGUUGCCAAAACCUCAAAUAAUAUAAGUUUCUAAAAGGUUUUCUUUGAAUGUAAUUGAAGUUUACAGUUUUCUGUCCAAAUACUAAAUUUCUAUUUCAGGGAAGAAGUGAUAUAUCUCCUAUGUCGUAUUUUUGUAGAAAAAUUGUAUUUUAUGUUGUUGAUGUUAGUUUCAGAGGUCAUUUCAAAGUUUACACAUUCUGGAAUGACUAUAAUUACUCUAGAAUUCCAAACAGAAAAAUAAGGUGUUUGUUGACUUUGAAUACAAUAACUUUUUAUAUACUUUUUUAAUAUUGAGAAGAAUGGUCAUGUUAACUCUUCUUACAUUAUAAAAGGCCUUUGAGGAUGAAACUGCUCUUAUGAGCUUUAAUAGAGUAGUUAAUAGAAAAUAGUUAAGAAUAAAACAAUGUUGCCUUAAUUUAAAAAGCUGCUACUUUAGAACUUGAAUAAAUGCUCCUAAAGUGACCAUUAUUAGGGACCAGAAAAUUAUAUUUCAAGUUACCAAUGACCAUUUUCUUUUUUGUACUUCAGAAUAUUUUGGGUCAAUUAUUUUGUUAUAGUGAGGGAAAAAAAAUCUAACGCUAUCUCCCCCUUUAAAAAAAUGGAAACACUCAACUGAGACUUGAGGGGAAUACUAUGAAAUUAAGAUAGAUCCCCAGUAUUUUGAAAUUCCAGAAUAGCAUUAAAAAUUCCCAUCUGUUUCUUGCAUGGGAUCAAUACUUAAUCAUUUAGUACCUCAGAGUACUGAUCUCGUUCAAUUUAGUACUUCAAUUAGUAUUAAACUUCACUGAAAGGUAAACCAUAACUCAAACCGUAUAUUGGGUUGCAUUUUCAGGUCCUAGGACAUAACCUCUUAAAAAUAAUAGUAGUGUUGUAGGGUACUUGAAAUUACUGAUGUUAUUAUAAUUACAGUCAACUUUAGAAUACUAGUCCCAGUUAAAGGGGACCGUAACAGAGAUAACCAUUAAGUCAUUUUUAUUUGAUUUUGAAUAUCAGUAUUUCUGACAUCCUGGGAAUUUGUAGUACUUUUAACUUACCAAGUGAUUGAAAUUGAGAUGAGCCCGAUAUGAAGAUUUGAUCCCAAAGAAGCAGGAGCUUCAUUCUCUUCUUAGGCUCCAAACAAAUAACAUCACCACUCAGACUAAACUGGGCAGUUUGUGGUCUUGGCCUUUUGUCGUUAAGCUUUCUGUCCUGUAAUUUUUCAAAUUAUUUUUAUAUAAAAAGUAUUUCCUGAAGAUUGAAUUAGGAUGGAAGUCAGAUCUGCCGUUCUCCCUUUCUUCACACCUUUCUCUUGGUCUUCGUGGAUGUGAUGAGUGAGGAUUACUGCUGUCCUAGUGGAAGUCCAUUGGAAACCUGUGUUCUCCUACCUCCC